AACCCAUCUCACAAACACACACACACACACACACACUCUCCUUUGUCUCCCUUUGUUUCCAAGCAAAACAAAACAAAACACCAACGAUAGUAAAUUAAUGAAAAUCUACUCCCACUCCUGAUACAUACAGAUAAACCCAAAACACAAAACCGAAAAAACAACACAACAUCACUUUCGAUCCAUUUUCUACCUUGUCAAUUUCAUCUUUCCGAUUCAACCCAACAAGAGAGAAAUUCACCACCGGUCACCAAUCUCCAUCACCAUCACCAUCACCAUCAUCAAUCUCCAGCCAUCAAUGGAUCUUGUGGUUCUUCUGACCGUACGAUGAUUCUGGAGAUUCUUGUUCACGAUGGGGUUAAAAUCCGUUGGUGGGUUUCUCGAAUUGUAGCAUAGCAACCAGGUGCAGGUGCAGGUGGGGUUAGCCCUUGAUUUUUCUUCUGUGGUGUUUUUGUUUUGAUUGUUGUUGUUGUUGUUGUGUGUGAUGAGGGUUGUGUGAUGAUGGUUGUGUGAAUGAGAAGAGGAAGAAGAAGAAUUGGAAUGAAAGUGAAAUUGGAGAAAAGGGUUUGAAAUUUGAGGUUGUGGCUGCUCUUUCUCUUUUGGGUUUCGCUGCUGGGUCAUGGAUGGGGUCAGAACUGGUAGUAGUAGUAGUUGUAGUAGUGAAGCAGAGCAGCCUCAGUCCAGAGACUCGGCUUCUUCGUCGUCAUCUUCAUCGGGAUGGCGUCCUCGGGGGCUCGUGUUUGCCGUGUUUGCUCCUUGUGUGCCGCAGCAGCAGCAGCAGCAGCGUCGUGAAGAUGUUAGUGCUGGAAAGUCCCCAACAUUGCGUGCGGUUGUGAGGAAACCAUUGGUUACAAGAUUGACCAAGGAAAUAGUUGAAACAUACCAACUAUGCGAUCCACAGUUUAAAUAUUCUGCAGAUCUAAAUCCAAAAAGAUUUUUGACAAGCCCGUCUACUGGAGUGCUUAAUGAUGGCUAUGAUAAUGUAAACUCAGACCUUAUUCUGACAGUGAAUUUUGUCUUGGCCCAUUUAGAGAAAAGUAAAAGAUAUAUUGUCAAAGAUGUCCUUGGCCAAGGGACAUUUGGACAAGUGGCUAAAUGCUGGGAUCCAGAAUCCAACAGUUUUGUUGCUGUGAAGAUCAUUAAAAAUCAACCUGCAUACUAUCAACAAGCACUGGUUGAAGUAACUAUUUUAACAACGUUAAAUAAGAAGUAUGAUCCUGAGGAUAAGCAUCACAUUGUUCGUAUAUAUGAUUUUUUUGUGUAUCAACGACAUUUGUGCAUAUGCUUUGAACUGCUGGAUACAAACUUGUAUGAGCUUAUCAAGUUGAACCAUUUUAGGGGAUUAUCACUUGGCAUUGUUCAGCUGUUCUCUAAGCAGAUUUUAUGUGGAUUGGCUCUGUUAAAAGAUGCUGGCAUUAUUCACUGUGAUCUGAAGCCAGAAAACAUUCUUUUAUGCACGAGCGCUGUUAAGCCAGCAGAAAUCAAGAUUAUUGACUUUGGAUCAGCAUGCAUGGAAAACCGCACUGUUUACUCCUAUAUUCAGAGUCGAUACUAUAGAUCUCCUGAGGUCCUUCUUGGAUAUCAAUACACAACAGCUAUUGAUAUGUGGUCCUUUGGAUGCAUAGUGGCGGAAUUGUUUCUUGGUUUACCAUUGUUCCCUGGGGCUUCAGAAUUUGAUCUCUUGCGGCGGAUGAUUGAAAUACUUGGAGGACAACCACCUGAUUAUCUGCUAAGGGAUGCCAAAAACACAAGUAAGUUCUUUAAGUGUAUCGGGAGUCUCCAGAGCAUAGAGAACAGUGAGAGUGCCCAUACUGCAAGUGUUUAUCAAGCAUUGACCGGGGAAGAAUAUGAAGCUAGAGAUCUGAAGAAGCCAGCAAUUGGAAAGGAGUAUUUUAAUCAUAUGAACCUUGAAGCCAUUGUUACAAACUAUCCCUACAGGAAAAAUCUACCUAAGGAAGAUAUUGUCAAAGAAAGUCAAAUACGAUUGGCUCUUAUUGACUUCUUGAAAGGGCUUGUUGAAUUUGAUCCUGCAAAACGCUGGUCACCCUUUCAGGCUUCAAAACAUCCUUUUGUAACUGGGGAGCCUUUUACACACCCUUAUAAGCCUGCCCCUGAGACUCCUCAUGUCCCGGUAGUUCAAAAUAUCAAGGUUGAUAAUCAUCCAGGAGGAGGGCACUGGUUUGCUGCUGGUCUAUCACCCAACGUUCCAGGCAAAAGAGGUUCCCUCUAUAGCAGUCCACAUUUUCAGAUGGGGCAACAUCCAUCUGCUAAUAGUUAUGGCAGCAUAGGAAGCCAUGGGAGCUAUAAUGAGAGUGCUGGGCUUGGAAGCAGCUAUGGAAGUUACGGAGAGAGCAGUAACAUGUUUGCUUACUAUUCACCUAUUGUUCCAUCUGGUAUGAACAUGCACAGUCAGGGAAGUAUGUCAAUGCUUGGAAAUAGUCCUGAUGCUCGGAGAAGAGUUAAGUAUCAACCGGGGAAUGGGCUUGGUGUAAGUCCAUCAGCUGGAAAUUUUGCUCCUCUGCCCCUUGGUGCUAGCCCCUCACAGUUUACUCCGCCAAAUUCCUAUAGUCAGGUAUCUGUUGGUUCUCCAGGACACUAUGGACCUACAUCUCCCGCGAGAGGAACUACUCAUGGAUCACCUUUGGGAAAGACAGCUGCAGCUAGCCAAUUUAAUAGAAGAAAGAAUUGGGGACAUUCCGGAAGUCCUCAAACUCAGGAAACAACAUUUUCUUCGCAUUGGCACGGUCAAUAUCCUGACAGCUCAAGCCAUGCUGAGGGAACAUCACAAGCUCUUGGCAGUUCACCAUCUUAUCUACAACCAAAUACUAAUCCUGGAAACUGGAAGCAGCGAGGAAGUGGAGGCAUAUCUGCUAAUCAGAAUAUCACAUGCUCUAUGAUGCCUAGUUCUAAUCGAAACUCACAAUUGACAGAAUUGGUUUGUGAUGAUGUGGAGACAGGCAUUUCACUGCCUGAUCCUGGAGAUUGGGAUCCUAAUUAUAGUGAUGAACUACUACUUCAAGAGGAUGGUUCAGAUGAAAGCUCCUUGACAACUGAGUUCGGCAGUAUGAAUCUCGGUUCCACUGAACCAUGGUCUGGAUUUGGAAGGUUCAAUCCCGUCUCCAACUCUAGCACUCCAAUAUUCGUGCAAAGAAAUGGACCAGGUCAAACAUUUUCUAAUGUAGAGAUGGGUAGUCCUCCAACACAUGAUCUUCACGCAUCAUAUAUACCCUCUAUGUCAAAGCCUUUUCAUGCCAUGCCUCAUAUUUCACAAAAUACUCCAAGCCGUCUUGGACACCAAUCUGUUCAAAGGUUCACACAUGGGAGACCCCCCCCAGGGGGUGACUGGAAUCAAAUUAAGCUUCAGGCUCCUCCUUCUGGUUUCAACAGUGUGGGGCCACGUUCUCCCAGGAAUACCUCAUUCACCAACAGUAUGUCAUGGGGGCGAAGAAUGAACCCUCCAGUCUCAAACAUACCACCUGCAUCGCGCACAAGAAAAGAUUAUGCAAGGAUAGACUAGCCGAUUUCAGUUCAGUGGAUCAGCUUGGCUUUUCUUUACUAUUAUUUGGGUUCAUGACAAGGGUAGUCUACAGAAGGGAAAAUAGGAAGGGAUUUGAAGGGGUAAAGUGGGAAAAAAGAGAAAACAAAAGAGGGGGGAGGGGGUGGAGCAAAUGGCUCAUUAACAAACCCUUCUCUACCUUUGAUCAUUUAUUGUGCUUGUGCUUUAAAAUAAUUUAUGAUUGUAGUUUGCAUUGCCAUUGAUUAUUUAUUAGGGUAUUGGUGUUUGACAAUUCUUAGGCACCAUAUGCGCUGAUGUCAUAACAACAGGUCUUAAAGGAGUUGGUUGCGUGCCAAAAAUUUUAAUAUUGAAUGUUAUCGUUCUUGUCUUC